UUUUCGUAGAAGUCACGUGAUCAAACGGCUGGCUCUGCACAGUGAAGGACAUCAACACAAGCUCCUCUGAAUGUAACUUGGUGUGUCAUUAACAUCAGACAGCUCUGUGCUGUGACGGUCCGUGACUGUAGUUUAGUUUACGUUCAUUAAAAUGGCGUCCAUGAAACCAGCAGCACGAGCAUUAACACGGGUCAGCCCCUUCACCCCCCACGCUCCUCUGCGCCCACACCGCUUAUCAGGAGCGAACAGUCGGCUCUGCAGCUCCACACAGGCAACCCAGCAGGACCAGAAGCCAAAGAGAUCUCCCUUCAGACCUGCAGCCAGCUCUACACACGACUGGAUCGGUCCACCGAACCCUUUGUCGAACCUGAGGCCCAUUGUUUACCGCGUCUCUGAGAAUGAGACCGAGCUGGAGAAACGUCUGCGACACCUGAGGCAGGAGACGGAGGACUGGAACCAUACCUUCUGGACUAAACAGAACAUCACGUUUAGCAAGGAAAAAGAAGCGUUCAUCAUUUCUCAGCUGAAAAGCAAAGGCUUGACUGCUCGAGAUGAGCAAGGACGACGGCGCGCCCUCAGCAGUGAAGUAAUGGCCGAGUUUUACAAAAGCUUCCUCGACACAAACAGAACGCGGCAUGCUCAAUAUAACAAUGAAUGGUACAGACGUAACUUCACCAUCACUCUGCUCAUGGCCCGAGUCGCCCUGAACAACAUGUGGAAGACUUUCACUGAUAGAUACGGGAGCAAGAAGAACACCACACCUACAACCUGAUCAAAUAAAAUACUCACCUCAUCUUUCA